AUGGGCGCAGGCGAACAAAGACUUGCUGUUUUUCCAACACGGAUGUCACUGGGACAGCUCCAAGGACGUGUACAGGGGGCUGAGAAGGGGAAGAGCCUUAUUAAGCGAAGAGGAGACGCGCUGCAGAUGAAGCACCGAGAGGUGGCUGCAAAGCUCCUGCAGAAGAAAUGCGAGCUGGAGAAAGAAAUAGAAAAUGCAUACUUUUUCCUCUCGCGCACCGAGUUCUAUGGCGGGGACAUGCGGCUGGCACAGCAGCAGGCUAAGUCAGCACCUCUUUCUGUUCAGAUCGAUCUAGAGGGCCUGGCUGGGCUUAUUAUUCCCACUUACAGAAUACCAGAGACAAUAAUGCCAAUGGUAUUUAUGGGAACCUCUGGAAAGCUUAUCAGCGACACACGCGCGCAAUUCAUCCGGUGUUUGUCCUUGAUGGUGGAGAUGGCCAGUCUGCAGGUGUCGUUUGAUAUGAUAGACCAAAUGGUGCAGGCCACAAACAGAAGGGUCAAUGCACUGGAGCAUGUGCUUAUCCCAAAGCUGGAAAACACAAUUUUGUACAUUCAGUCUGAGCUGGAUGAGCAGGACAGAGAAGAGUUUUUCCGGCUAAAAAAAGUACAAACAAAAAGGCACGACGCAUAA